UGUAAAGCGUCUUUCGUCCGCCUUCUCCCCAAUAAUAUACACACACCGCCCCCGCCUUUUCUACCCAGACAAUCACUCCAUUAUUCUCAAACUUCUCCUAACUUGCACCGCAAGCGCAUUUUAGCGCCAGGACACUCAUCUCUCUCCUGGUUUCGCACAAUUCCUCCAUAAACGCUCAAUUCCAAGAAUCAGGGUCAGUAUAAUUAGAAGAAACAGAAGAUGGGAACCAAGGUAACCGAAGAGCUAGUCUCCACCGUCCGAUCAAUCGUAGGCUGUGAUUUCUCCGAUAUGGACUUAAUCAGAGCUCUCCACUUGGCAAAAAACGACCCCACCGCUGCAAUCAACAUCAUCCUUGAUACCCCGAAUUUUAUUUCCAAACAAAAAAACCUAACCCCCGAAACCCCAAAUCCAAAAUCUAAAACCGUACCCUACAAGCCACCAAAUUUUGUCGUUAAAGAUAACGGAAACCGUAACUCGAGCCAGAAUUUAGAAGUCAAUUGCGUUGAAAACGACGCGAGUGACAGCACUGUUGGUGAUAAUGGGAGUGUUUCGGGUUUGGUCGGGAGUGAAUGGUGGUUUGUUGGUUGCGGUGAAGUGGCGGGGUUGUCGACGUGUAAAGGGAGGAGAGUGAAGGCUGGUGAUGAAGUGGAUUUCACAUUUCCUUUGAAGAGUAAAAGUUCGAUUUCGCCUUCGCCUUCGCCGGGUAAGGGUUCUGGGAGGAGAAGGCAGACUGCGACAGCGUGCUCAGAGAUUGUUAGGUUUUCUACGAAAGAUAGUGGAGAGCUUGGUCGAAUACCUAAUGAUUGGGCACGGUGUCUUUUGCCGCUUGUUAGAGAUGGAAAGGUCAGGAUUAUGGGAUGUUGUAAAUCUGCUCCUAACGUGCUAGGCAUAAUGGAUACAAUUCAAUUAUCAAUAAGUGUAUACUUGAAUAGUGUAAUGUUCCACAAGCACCACCAGACCUCACUUAAAGCAGCUGCCAAUUCCACUGAAGAAACAAUCGGUCAUCCUCUUUCAAUCCUUUUCUGCUUGCUUGGCCUGACCCCUUUUAAGAAGGCAGAAUUUACGCCUGCUGAUUUGAACACAAGGAAGCGACCUCUGAACUCAAAGGAUGGUUCUGGUCUUCCCGUGUCAUUGUUAAACGCCAACAAGUCUAAGAAUCAAUCUGGAAAUGGAAAUGAAAUUGAGAAUGAGGAGUCCAUUUCAGAUGCAGAUCUUGAGAAUAUUGUUGGUGGUGGAGACAGCUCUGAGUUAGAGGAAAUGGAUCCUCCAAGUACACUCCAAUGUGAGCUUCGUCCCUACCAAAAGCAGGCCCUACAUUGGAUGAUUCAGCUGGAGAAGGGAAAAUGCAUGAAUGAGGCAGCAACAACUCUUCAUCCAUGUUGGGAGGCUUAUCAUUUAGCAGACAAGAGGGAGCUUGUUGUCUAUCUGAAUGUUUUUUCAGGUGAUGCUACAAUAGAGUUUCCAAGCACACUUCAAAUGGCCAGAGGAGGAAUUCUGGCAGAUGCUAUGGGACUUGGGAAGACCAUCAUGACCAUAUCCCUCCUACUCACUCAUUCAUACAAGGACGGGUUAUCAAAUAGUCAAUCUGGGAAUCAGCUUUGCACUGGAGGUGGUUCAAGUGAUAACUUAGACCUACAUCCAAAUCAAUUGAACAAGGCAACAAAAUUUUCAGGCUUUGAUAAGUUGAAGCAAAAGAAGAUGCUUGUAAACGGUGGCAAUCUAAUAAUAUGUCCAGUGACUCUUCUGGGCCAGUGGAAGGCGGAGUUAGAAAUUCAUGCCCAACCUGGUUCUUUGUCUGUUUAUGUUCAUUACGGACAAAGCAGAGUGAAGGAUGCAAAUUUUCUUGCCCAGAGUAAUGUUGUAAUAACUACAUAUGGAGUGUUAGCCUCAGAUUUUUCAGCAGAGGAUGCUGUAGGGAAUGGGGGACUCUAUUCAGUCCAUUGGUUUAGAGUGGUUCUUGAUGAGGCCCAUACCAUAAAAUCCUCAAAAAGUCAAAUUUCGAUGGCUGCUGCUGCUCUGGUUGCUGAUCGUCGUUGGUGUCUUACUGGGACUCCCAUUCAGAACAAUGUGGAGGACAUUUACAGCCUUCUUCGGUUUUUGAAGGUGGAACCUUGGGGAAAUUGGGCAUGGUGGAAUAAACUUGUCCAAAAACCAUUUGAGGAGGGUGAUGAGAGAGGGCUAAAGUUGGUCAAGUCCAUCUUAAAACCUAUUAUGUUAAGGAGAACAAAGACCAGUCGAGAUCGAGAGGGCAGGCCAAUUCUAGUUCUCCCUCCAGCUGAUGUUCAGGUGAUUUACUGCCAACUAACAGAAGCUGAAAAAGAUUUCUAUGAGGCUUUGUUUAAAAAAUCCAAGGUUAAGUUUGAUCAAUUUGUUGAGCAAGGGCGGGUUCUUCAUAAUUAUGCUUCUAUUUUGGAAUUACUUUUACGUCUUCGUCAAUGCUGUGAUCAUCCGUUUCUUGUGAUGAGUCGAGGUGAUACGCAAGAAUAUUCUGAUCUGAACAAGCUAGCUAAACGUUUCCUUAAAGGUGACCAGAUUGUCCUUGAAGGAGAAGCAAUAAAUGUGCCUUCAAGGGCAUACAUUAAAGAGGUUGUGGAGGAGCUAAGUAAGGGAGAGCAGGGAGAGUGUCCAAUCUGUCUCGAGGCAUGUGAAGAUGCAGUAUUGACUCCUUGUGCUCAUCGAUUGUGUCGAGAGUGUCUCCUGGCAAGUUGGCGAAAUGCUAGUUCCGGUUUAUGUCCUGUUUGUAGGAAAGCCAUCACAAGGCAAGAGCUUAUUACGGCUCCGACUGACAGUAGAUUCCAGAUAGAUAUUGAGAAAAAUUGGGUUGAAUCUUCCAAAAUUGUGGCUCUCUUGCAAGAACUAGAAAUUCUUCGUUUGUCAGGAUCUAAAAGCAUUCUCUUCAGUCAGUGGACUGCAUUUCUGGAUCUUUUACAAAUCCCUCUUUCCAGGAGUAACAUUUCAUUUGUUCGUCUUGAUGGGACUCUAAACCAGCAGCAGCGUGAAAGAGUUCUAAAGCAGUUUUCAGAAGAUGACAGCAUCCUGGUAUUGCUGAUGUCACUGAAGGCUGGAGGGGUAGGGAUAAAUUUAACAGCAGCGUCCAAUGCCUUUGUUAUGGAUCCAUGGUGGAAUCCAGCUGUAGAGGAGCAAGCUGUCAUGCGUAUUCAUCGCAUUGGACAAACUAAAAGAGUGAUGAUCAGGCGGUUCAUUGUGAAGGGAACAGUUGAGGAAAGAAUGGAAGCAGUGCAAGCGCGCAAGCAGCUAAUGAUUUCAGGUGCCUUAACUGAUCAAGAAGUUCGAACUGCGCGUAUUGAAGAGCUGAAGAUGCUGUUUACAUAGAUUAGUGAUGUAUAUGGAGCUCUUCUGCGCUUAUCUUGGCACCAUUACUCUCAGGUGAUCAUGAGCUUCCAAUACCAAGAUGAUUAGAGCCCAACAAAGUUAUAUGCCUUUCAUAUAGCAACCAGGACUUUGAAGGGGGCCGGGUAUACCUUUGCUUAAGGCAACAAGAUUUGAUCUCUGAGGCAAAAUUCCGUAUGGGUUGCAAUCUUGUCUUACUUGAAGCUUGCUCAUCUAGUAAAAGGGUGGUCCUUUCGAGGCUGAAAUGAAAUAGAGCUGCUGGACAUGGAAGGGAGACAGGGCCAAUAUUUCUGAUCAUUUUUUUUUAAAUUAUUUAUCAAAGUCCAAAACUGAACUUGUGGAUUUGGAAUCCAUUUACAUUCAAGGGCAGAUUCUCAAACACAGCCCGUUGUAUAUAGGAGGACGAUUUUGGACAGGUGGGAUGUAGAGGGAAAAGAUCACCCCCCCAAAUGUAACUUCUUGUUAGUUGAUAGGUUUAACUCUGCACUAUCCUGCAUCAGCGACUGUAUUAUCAUGUCUCCUAGAAAAUGCAAAAAAUUGUAUUCUAAUGUUAGAAUUAUGGUAAAGCCUUUGGCAAUUUGGUUUGGGUGGUAAGCAAGUUUGUUUUUCA